AGUACUUCCGCAAGCCCCCACUGCCACGCAGGGAGCAAGAAGCUCUACCAUGAAACCUGCGAAUCGGAUGCCGUGCACGAUGUCGUCUUCCAUGUGGAUGGGGAGCGCUUUGCGGCCCACAAGUUUAUCCUGUAUAGUCGCGCACCAGGCCUCAGGGAGCUCACUCGCAUCUACUUGGACAAGGAUGUCUAUCUAAAUUAUGAAAAUCUCACGGGGAAGAUGUUUGAGCUGAUCCUAAAGUAUAUCUACACCAGUUACUGGCCAGCAGAGGAUGAUAUCGACUGCAUCCAGGAGAGUCUGGGACCCGCCAACCCUCGGGAGCGAAGUCGAGCCUGCGAAAUGUUUAUCCCUCACUUGGAGAUGUUUCAAUUGGUCGAUCUAGCCAGAUACUUGCAGAGCUACGUACGAGAUAAUCAAUUUCCCAUACCUAGUACCCGGCAGCGUUUCAAUCGGCUGCAUCGCUCAGACUAUCCAGAGGUCUACGAUGUGCGAAUCGUGUGCGAGGAUUCGAAGGUUCUGGAGGCCCAUAAAUGCAUGCUGGUGUCACGCUUGGAGUACUUUCAAAUGAUGUUCACGACCUCGCGGGCCGAGCGCACUACAGUCAACAUGGAGGGUGUGCCCGCUGAGUACAUGGAGCCAGUCCUGGACUAUCUAUACAGCCUGGAUACAGAGGCAUUCUGCAAGCAGAACUAUACGGAAACCUUUCUCUACAACAUGGUCACGUUCUGCGAUCAGUACUUCAUUGAAUCGCUGCAGAACGUUUGCGAAUCGCUUAUUCUAGGCAAGAUCAGCAUACGGAAGUGCGGCGAGAUGUUGGACUUUGCCGCGAUGUACAACUGCAAGCUGCUGCACAAGGGAUGCAUGGACUUCAUCUGCCACAACCUGGCCAGAGUUCUCUGCUACCGCAGCAUCGAACAGUGCGAUGAGGCGACUCUCAAAUGCCUUAACGACCAUUACCGUAAGAUGUUCUCCAAUGUCUUCGACUACCGCCAGAUCACGCCCUUCUCGGAGGCCAUAGAAGAUGAACUGCUGCUUAGUUUUGUCGUUGACUGCGAUAUUGACCUGGACUAUCGAAUGGACCCGGAAACAAAGCUAAAAGCGGCAGCUGAGCUUAAGCAGAAGGACUUGCGGAGGCAAGACGCCCGUCACUACUACGAACAGCAGGCCAUAUCCAGCAUGAUGAGAUCGCUGAGCGUAAGUGAGUCUGCCUCUGGCCCUGAGGCGACUACCGGACCGCACCGACCGGACCGGAAAGCACUCGAAGCGAGGGCAAGAACUGGUCUCGUGUGGUGGACAAAAAGGAACAGAAACGAAAGCUAGCCGACACUGCCCUGAAAGUGAACAACACACUUAAGCUGGAAGAGCCACCGAGGCCAGAGCUAGAGGUCAUUGAAAGGGCUCCCAUUAAGGAACAAACGCCACCGCCAACCUCCCCUGCAGAAGAGACCAGUACGCCGCUGAGUAAGAGCUACAAUCUGGAUCUCAGCUCCCUGACGCCCCUGUCGCAGAAACUGUCGCAGAAGCAACGGAAACGGCUGUCCUCCGAAUUGAAGAGCUGGCGUUCGCCUCUGGUGGAGCAAGAGCCCACCACUCCUGUGGUUGUGCCGAAUGCCUGGGGCUUGCCACCCGCCACUCCGUCGAGUAGUUCCUUUAGCGACUCACCAGCAACAGGCAGCCUUUCGGACCCCACCUCCUUUGCCAAUAUGAUGCGAGGCCAAGCGGCUGCCGCAAAGUUUCUCGAGGAUCCUCGCCGAUGAGCGACGACAGCGGGAGUCCUUCGAAAGGAUGCGGAACAAGUCACUGGCCCACACACAGAUCGAGGAGACAGCCAUUGCCGAGUUGCGUGAAUUUUACAACGUGGAUAAUACCGAUGACGAGACAAUAACCAUUGAACGCAAGUCCAGACCCACAGGCAUCAACUUCAGUACUUGGUUGAAGCACUGAAUGUGGUAUAUCACAUAUCACCCCUGAGGCUUCUGUCUAGUCGGAUAUUUAGUGAUCAGAAUUAGUCGCCCAAAGGAAAGGAACGUUUUCUAAUGUGCAUUUUAAUUUGUAUUUUAUUAGAGUGUCCGUAUUGUAAUUUUAGUUGUAACUGCUCUUGAAGAUUAGUAAGAAUGUGCCGUCAAUCAAAUGUAGAACUCGGAGCCACCUGGAAAGGGGCGCAUAAUGUACUGGCUGGAACUUGGGUGCAAUCAGAGGACGACACAUCGAGUAACAAACUUUAUUGUAUGAGUAUAUAGAUAUACAUACCUAUAUGUAUGCGGAUACAGAUAUUUACAAGCUGUGGGGGACACAUUCAACAGAUGAGACAACAACAACAUAUGACGAAUAAAUAGCCAUCUAAGCUUCGCUAACCGAA